CGCGCCCGCGGCCGCCGCGCCCAGGCCGCAGACGGGUGGGGUUGAAGCGCGCGGGCGCAGGCGGCGGGCUAGGCGGCGAGCACGCGAGCGCGGGAGGAGCGGCGCGGGCCUGGGCCUGCAGCGGCGCCGAGAUGCUGCCGCUGCCGCCGCCGCUGCUGCUGCUGGCGCCGCUCUUCCUCCGGCCCCUGGGCGUCGUCGGGGCGCAGACCCCCAACGCCACCUCCGAAGGUUGCCAGAUCAUACACCCGCCUUGGGAAGGCGGCAUCCGGUACCGGGGCCUGACUCGGGACCAGGUGAAGGCCAUCAACUUCCUGCCCGUGGACUACGAGAUCGAGUAUGUGUGCCGCGGGGAGCGCGAGGUUGUGGGGCCCAAGGUGCGCAAGUGCCUGGCAAACGGCUCCUGGACUGACAUGGAUACCCCCAGCCGCUGUGUUCGAAUCUGCUCCAAGUCUUACUUGACCCUGGAAAAUGGGAAAGUUUUCCUGACGGGUGGGGACCUCCCAGCUCUGGAUGGAGCCCGGGUGGAUUUCCGAUGUGACCCCGACUUCCAUCUGGUGGGCAGCUCCCGGAGCAUCUGUAGUCAGGGCCAGUGGAGCACCCCCAAGCCCCACUGCCAGGUGAACCGAACGCCACACUCAGAGCGGCGCGCGGUCUACAUCGGGGCACUGUUCCCCAUGAGCGGGGGCUGGCCGGGGGGCCAGGCCUGCCAGCCCGCGGUGGAGAUGGCGCUGGAGGACGUGAACAGCCGCAGGGACAUCCUGCCGGACUACGAGCUCAAGCUCAUCCACCACGACAGCAAGUGUGACCCAGGCCAAGCCACCAAGUACUUGUACGAGCUGCUCUACAAUGACCCUAUCAAGAUCAUCCUCAUGCCUGGCUGCAGCUCCGUCUCCACACUUGUGGCCGAGGCUGCCCGGAUGUGGAACCUCAUUGUGCUCUCUUACGGCUCCAGCUCACCAGCCUUGUCCAAUCGGCAGCGUUUCCCCACAUUCUUCCGGACGCAUCCCUCAGCCACACUGCACAACCCCACCCGUGUGAAGCUCUUUGAAAAGUGGGGCUGGAAGAAGAUUGCCACCAUCCAGCAGACUACGGAGGUCUUUACAUCGACCCUGGAUGACCUAGAGGAGCGAGUGAAGGAGGCUGGAAUAGAGAUUACCUUCCGCCAGAGUUUCUUCUCGGAUCCAGCUGUGCCUGUCAAAAACCUGAAGCGCCAGGAUGCCCGGAUCAUCGUGGGACUUUUCUAUGAGACUGAAGCCCGGAAAGUUUUUUGUGAGGUGUACAAGGAACGGCUCUUUGGGAAGAAGUAUGUCUGGUUCCUCAUCGGAUGGUACGCUGACAAUUGGUUCAAGAUAUAUGACCCAUCCAUCAACUGCACGGUGGAUGAGAUGACUGAGGCAGUAGAAGGUCACAUCACCACUGAGAUUGUCAUGCUGAACCCUGCCAACACGCGCAGCAUUUCUAACAUGACCUCCCAAGAAUUUGUGGAGAAACUAACCAAGCGACUCAAAAGACACCCUGAAGAGACUGGAGGCUUCCAGGAGGCACCAUUGGCCUAUGACGCCAUCUGGGCACUGGCACUGGCCUUGAACAAGACCUCUGGAGGAGGUGGCCAUUCAGGUGUACGCUUGGAAGACUUCAACUACAACAACCAAACCAUUACUGACCAGAUCUACCGGGCAAUGAACUCUUCAUCCUUUGAGGGUGUCUCUGGCCAUGUGGUGUUUGAUGCCAGUGGCUCCCGGAUGGCUUGGACACUCAUCGAGCAGCUACAAGGUGGCAGCUACAAGAAGAUUGGCUACUAUGACAGCACCAAGGAUGACCUUUCUUGGUCCAAAACAGAUAAGUGGAUUGGAGGGACCCCCCCAGCUGACCAAACCCUGGUCAUCAAGACUUUCCGAUUCCUAUCACAGAAACUGUUCAUCUCCGUCUCAGUUCUCUCCAGUUUGGGCAUUGUCCUCGCUGUUGUCUGUCUGUCCUUUAACAUCUACAACUCCCAUGUCCGUUAUAUCCAGAACUCACAGCCCAACCUGAACAAUCUGACUGCUGUGGGCUGCUCACUGGCGUUAGCUGCUGUCUUCCCCCUGGGGCUGGACGGUUACCACAUUGGGAGGCAUCAGUUCCCUUUUGUCUGCCAGGCGCGCCUCUGGCUCCUGGGUCUGGGCUUUAGUCUGGGCUAUGGCUCUAUGUUCACCAAGAUCUGGUGGGUCCACACGGUUUUCACAAAGAAGGAAGAAAAGAAGGAGUGGAGAAAGACGCUGGAGCCCUGGAAGCUGUAUUCCACAGUGGGACUGCUGGUAGGCUUGGACGUUCUUACUCUCGCCAUCUGGCAGAUCGUGGACCCCUUGCACCGCACCAUCGAGACUUUUGCCAAGGAGGAACCAAAGGAGGACAUUGAUGUCUCUAUUCUGCCCCAGCUGGAGCACUGUAGCUCCAAGAAGAUGAAUACGUGGCUCGGUAUUUUCUAUGGUUAUAAGGGCCUGCUACUGCUGCUGGGAAUCUUUCUUGCUUAUGAGACCAAAAGUGUGUCUACUGAGAAGAUCAAUGACCACCGGGCUGUGGGCAUGGCCAUCUACAAUGUGGCGGUUCUGUGCCUCAUCACUGCUCCUGUCACCAUGAUUCUAAGCAGCCAGCAGGACGCGGCCUUUGCUUUUGCCUCUCUGGCCAUCGUGUUCUCUUCCUAUAUUACUCUGGUUGUGCUCUUCGUGCCCAAGAUGCGCAGGCUGAUCACCCGAGGUGAGUGGCAGUCUGAGGCCCAGGACACCAUGAAAACAGGGUCAUCCACCAACAACAACGAGGAAGAGAAGUCGCGGCUCUUGGAGAAGGAGAACCGUGAGCUGGAAAAGAUCAUUGCUGAGAAAGAGGAGCGGGUCUCUGAACUGCGCCACCAGCUCCAGUCUCGGCAGCAGCUGCGCUCCCGGCGCCAUCCCCCAACGCCUCCAGACCCUUCUGGGGGUCUACCCAGGGGGCCCCCUGAGCCCCCUGACCGGCUUAGCUGUGAUGGGAGUCGAGUCCACUUGCUGUACAAGUGAGGGUGUCAGGCAGGAAGGCUGGCGGGGAAGGGAGCAGGGAGCGGGCGGGAGGCCGGGGAGGAGGUGAGUGUCUCUGUCCCAGGCACGUCCCCACCAUCUGAGCCCACAUGUUAAACACCUGUGCCUCAGGAAUACUGGUAUUAUUUGGGUCUCUAAUACUCUGAGAAAUAGACCUUUUUGUGUCUCAUUCAUUCAUAUAAUCUGGUAUCAUUACUUCAUAAUGAAGUUUGUAUUUUACCUAGAGCUUCUCACACACGCUCCUUGGCAGCCUGGUCAUUCUGUCUGUCUAACAACUUGUUGCUGUCAUUACCAGGCAGCCUCCUGCCCUUUGGCUUCCCAUCGGCGGGGGUCCUCUUGCCACCCUGUUGCUCUCACCCUCAUAACCUCCUUUUGUUCCACUUUCUCUUCCACACAUUCCCAUUUGUUUUCUCCUUAGUUUUUCCCCUCUGAGGGCUCGUUCUGCUCACCAAGGCUCACUGUGUGUGUGUGUCCAUGCUACGCAGCACGUGUAUCCUCCCGCUCUCCCCCUGGGCCUGCGGGGCAUGUUCCUGUGCACGCAUGUCCUUCCAUAAGCUUCUCCAUGUGUGGUCCAUGUGCUCGCCCUGAGCCCUGCGCUAGCUGUGUGUGUCCCUCGCAUGGUCACAGCUUUGCCUGUGUCUUCCCUGCCUGUACACAUCUGUGCUCGCCUGUCUCCUCCUUCGCCUGAAGAGCAUUGUAUUCCACCAGGAGCCUGUGUAGCACCCUGUGCAUUGUUAUGACUCUGACCCUCUGCUGGGCUCUCAUACAUACUGUUUCCUCCUCAUACUCCGUGUCUGUCCUGCAUCUUCAUUGUGUGACCCUUGUCUGUACUCAACAGACAUCCUCUCCCAGACUGCUCCCUUUCAUUGAGUGCAUAUAUGAGGGAGCUAAGGGUAAAGAAUGGGGGCAGGUUUGGAGAUGCUUCGAGUUGAUGGAUGGUGGAAUCAUGACCAUAGGGAGGCACCUUGGACCAUCGGGAUGAACAGAUGGACUGAUGGGGCGAUGGAUGGUGUCCCUUUCACACUGGUGUCUCUUGAAGAAUCUUCCCAGAUCUCAAUAAACCAGUAGACAGUG